UGAGUGUUAGCACGCUGCGCAUGUGAAUGCGCAACACAGCCUUAACAAUUUGUUGUUGUGUGAUAGUUCCACAAUGCCGUCGGAGCAGAAAGCCAUGGUUGGAAUUCAAACUGAAAAGCCUAACCACUACACGUAUCUGAAGGAAUUCCGAGUGCAGCAAUGUACUCUUUUCCUGCAACACAAGUGCACAAACCAUAGACCAUACACAUGUUUUAAGUGGCAUUUUAAUAACCAACGUCGUCGGAGGCCAGUAAAAAGAAGAGACGGCAACUUCAAUUACAGCCCUGAUAUCUACUGCUCAAAGUACGACGAAACCUCAGGAACGUGUCCUGAUGGAGACGAAUGUCCAUUACUACAUAGAACUGCUGGAGACACUGAACGCCGUUACCACCUCAGAUACUACAAAACAUGCAUGUGUGUCCACGAUACUGAUGCACGUGGUUUUUGUGUCAAGAAUGGACCGCAUUGUGCAUUUGCUCAUGGUAGCCAUGACAUGCGGCCUCCUGUUUAUGACAGCAGAGAAUUACAGAUUUUGGAAGCUGCUGCUGCCGAAGAGGCUGAUAGUUCAGGGAAAGUCUAUCCAAACUUGUUAGACAAAGAAAAGAACCAAGUAAAUGAAGAUCCCAAAUGGCAAGACACAAAUUAUGUACUGGCAAACUAUAAGACAGAGGCGUGCAAGCGUCCGCCACGUCUAUGCCGCCAGGGAUACGCUUGUCCGCAAUACCACAACCUUCGUGACCGUCGCAGGAAUCCGCAACAGUAUAAGUAUCGGUCAACGCCAUGUCCGAGCGUGAAGCAAGGUGACGACUGGGGCGACACGAGUCUCUGCGAUGCUGGCGACGACUGCCACUACUGUCACACGCGCACCGAGCAGCAAUUCCAUCCUGAAAUCUACAAAUCCACUUACUGCAAUGAUGUCCAGCAAAACAGCCACUGCCCAAGGGGAGCGUUCUGUGCCUUUGCGCACAACGAAGGCGAGAUGACCAACGCGCGCAACGUCAUUGACGUCCUGAGUUUGAAACCUAAACUGGCAGACAUCAUGUCCACGGUCCUUCCUGCGAGCAAUGGGUCUGAAAUCAGUGAAGAGGAGGGAAGUCUGUCGCCGGAGGAAGUAGCAAUGCAAAACUUUGAGAAGAUAAAGCCAAACGCAACAGGAAAUGAUAAGCAGUCGCUCUUUACUCCGUUCAUUAGCUCUGGAAUGAACUUUCACUCUGCUAGUUCUCGCGCUCCCGGCUUUGAAAAAUCUGACCCAUUACUAGGACAAUUUGAAAGUUUGUCGCUGAAAUCAUUUGGCAUUGGCAAACCCGGAGACAGGGACUUGGACUCACCAAAUUCAAUAGCACAAGGAUUAACAUCAAAUUUGCUUGGAAGCUCUGCGCCAGUAAAUAUUCCAUCUCGCCCAAGAAUGGAAGUAGGACCAUCUCCAUCUUCCCCAAGCUACCGUCUGCUUUCUGGAGCUGGCCCUUACCAUGAAUCAUUAGAAGAGAACUCUCUGUUUUCUGAUCCACUUGGCAAAAGUAGAAUAGGUAGUUACCCUUCGGCAUCUGGAAACAACCUCUACAGCUUUUCACCUCCUGCAAAUGCCGCAAUUACUAGGCCAACUCUUUCUCAAAAUUCCAUCGGGGGGCCAUUGCAUUCGAAAUUACCCAUAGCGGAGCCAGCAGAUGUAAGAAUGAAAAAGGUGCAAGAGAUGGUCAGUCCUAAUCGUGCAGCAAUAGUUACUUGGGAAGAGAGAAUUGCUCAAGCUAGAUUAGCCUGUGAAGCCUGGAAACAAGAGGCUGAAGAGAGUAAAAUCAAGGCAAAGUUGGCAAUCCAGCGAAGAGAUGAAGCAAUUAUUCAAAUUAAUACUUUGAAUCAGGAACUGGACAAGAUGAAACAAGAUCCCUACUUAGUUGCACUAAAUAGGCAGUCUGAUUUAAAGAACUUCCCAAUGCAUGUGUUACAAUCACUGCAUGCGAGAUUGAAAAGAGAUUUGGAUGAAAUUAGCCGCGUCAUUGAAGAGAAAUGCACCGACAUGAAGACGUGAUGCGCUUAACUGUUUUCAAUUCAAGGAUGAUAAAAGGAAAACUUCCCAUUCAAUAUCCUACUUAGGAACUAACCAACAUAAAUUUAUACUUUUAUCAAAAAAUGAUAGAGAAAUUGUUUUAAUUUGCUAUGGAAGUUUUUAAAUUUAUUUUAAAUACCCCCAUUUGUAAACAGCGGACAUUGUUACACUAUUGGAUGAUUGUCCCAAUAAAUAAAAUUUUCUCUCA